AUGUCAAAUAUUGGAUACAGAAAAAAGUCACUCGAUUCUUCGAACACAUCUACUUACUCUAUAAGUAGUUCAUUUAAAUCGAUCAAGUCUAAAACUUCGGAAUUAUUCAAGAAAUCCGCUAACAAUAAUCCAAAGGAACGCCGAAAGGAGCCUAAAAUGAACAUGCUUGUGGUUACUGAGUAUUUGUCACUUCGUUAA